CAAAACACUAAUUCUUCCAAAGACAGAUUUUUGCCGUUUCUUACCCGAGUGAACCGUCUCUGCUUUCUUUCUUUUUCUUUUCUUCCAGAUAAGAGCCUCUUAACCAUAAUAGAAAGGAUGGAGAACUAUUAAUCACCUUUAUUCUGUGGGCUGUGAUCUUCAGAUGGGAAUACCAAGGGAAUCAGAGGAAAAUGGCAAGUGACCUGGACUUCUUCCUGCUCUACUUCCUUGCCUGCCUCAUCUUGGUCCAGCUGCUCACUCCUUGCUCAGCUCAGUUUGCUGUACAUGGACCCCCUGGGCCCAUCCUGGCCAUGGUAGGUGAAGACGCUGAUCUGCCCUGUCACCUGUCCCCGACGAUGAGCGCAGAGACCAUGGAGCUGAGGUGGGUGAGAUCCAGCCUUAGGCAGGUAGUGACCGUGUAUGCCGGUGGAAAGGAAGUGGAAGACAAACAGACCCCAGAGUAUCGAGGGAGAACUUCCGUUCUACGAGAUGACAUCCCUGCAGGGAAGGCUGCUCUCCGAAUACACAACGUCAGAGCCUCUGACAGUGGAAACUACCUGUGUUAUUUCCAAGAUGGCAACUUCUAUGAAAAAGCCAUCUUGGAGCUGAAGGUAGCAGCACUGGGUGCUGAUCUUCACAUGGAAAUGAAGGGUUAUGAGGACGGAGGGAUCCAUCUGGAGUGCAGGUCCACCGGCUGGUACCCCCAGCCCCACGUCCAGUGGAGAGAUGCCAAGGGGGAGGUCAUCCCAGCUGUGGCAGCACCUGUGGUUGCAGACGCAGUGGGCCUGUAUGCAGUGGCAGCAUCUGUGAUCAUGAGAGGAGGCUCUGAGGAGGAGGUAUCCUGUACCAUCAGAAAUUCCCUGCUCCAGCAGGAAAAGACAGCCAGGAUUUCCAUCGCAGACCCCUUCUUCAGGAGCGCCCAGCCCUGGAUCGCCGCCCUGGCAGGGACCCUGCCCAUCUUGCUGCUCCUUCUUGCUAUGAGAAGCUCAAGGAAGAACUCAAGUGGAGAAAAAUCCAGUACAUGGCUCUUGGUGGGAAUUCUCCAGCCUAUAAUGAAUGGAAAGUGGCCCUCUUCCAAGCUGUGCUUCCGAUGCCCAUGGGCAGUUUGGAGAAAAGAGGCACGACCGGAAAAUCAUCAUUUGAGGGUCGGAGGAGAAAAGAAAACACAGAGGUUAAUUCUAGAAGCCCAGUUUACCAUCCAGGGUCCAGCUGAUCCAAUCCUGGCCAUGAUGGGAGAAAACACCACUUUACACUGCCACCUGUCACCUGAGAAAAAUGCUGAGGACAUGGAGGUGCGGUGGUUCCGGUCUCAGUUCUCGCCAGCAGUGCUGGUGUACAAGGGUGGGCGAGAGAGAACAGAGGAGCAGAUGGAGGAGUACAGAGGAAGAACCACCCUUGUGAGCAAAGACAUCAGCAGAGGCAGGGUGGCGCUGGUCAUACACAAUGUCACAGCCCAGGAGAAUGGCACCUACCGCUGUUACUUCCAAGAAGGCAGGUCCUAUGAUGAGGCCAUCAUGCACCUCAAGGUGGCAGGUUGGACUGGACACACCCAGCUGGAAGGGAGAAAAUUAGUCUUUGGCAGAAUAAACCCAACAGCAAACAUUUACAGCAGACAGAUGGAUGCUUGGUGCUGUGAUGGGGCCUAUACGUGGAGCACAAAGAAGAUUGUGCACUGCCUAGGCUCUAAACCCCUUGUUGAAAUGAAAGGGCACGAGGAUGGGGGCAUCCGGCUGGAGUGCACAUCUGGAGGGUGGUACCCAGAGCCUCUCGCGGUGUGGAGGGACCCCUAUGGUAAGGUUGUACCUGCCCUGGAGGAGGCUUACACUGCUGACAGAGACGGCCUCUUCAUGGUGACCACAGCUGUGAUCAUCAGAGAUAGCUCCCUGAGGAACGUGUCCUGCUCUGUCAACAGCACCUUGCUCGGCCAGGAGAAGGAAACCGUGAUUUUCAUUCCAGAAUAUUUUACACCCAGCACAUCUCCCUGGGUUGUGAUCCUGGCUCUCAUCCUGACUAUUCUCAUCAUCCUCAUGGCUGUGAGCAUCUGUUGCAUCAAGAAACUCCACAGGGAAAAAAGGAUUUUGUCAGGGGAAAAGGAUGUUGAACAGGAAGAGAAAGAAAUUGCACAGCAACUUCAAGAAGAAUUGCGAUGGAGAAGAACACUCUUACAUGCUGCUGAUGUGGUCCUGGACCCAGACACCGCUCACCCUGAGCUCUUCCUGUCUGAGGAUCGGAGAAGUGUGAGACGGGGCCCUUCCCGGCAGAGCGUGCCUGACAACCCUGAGAGAUUCGACUGUCAGCCUUGUGUCCUGGGCCGGGAAUAUUUCACCUCAGGAAAACAUUACUGGGAGGUGGAAGUUGAAAACGUGAUGGCAUGGACAAUGGGGGUUUGUAGAGACAGUGUUGAGAAGAAAGGGGAGGCCCUGCUGCUUCCUCAGAAUGGCUUCUGGACCCUGGAGAUGUUUGAAAACCAAUACCGGGCCCUGUCCUCCCCCGAGAGGAUUCUUCCUCUGAGAGAGCGCCUCGGCCGGGUGGGCGUCUUCCUGGACUAUGAAGCUGGAGAUGUCUCCUUCUACAACAUGAGGGACAGAUCGCACAUCUACACGUGUCCCCGUUCACCCUUUGCUGGCCCCCUAAGACCCUUCUUCAGGCUGGGGUCUGACGACAGCCCCCUCUUCAUCUGCCCAGCACUCACAGGAGCCAAUGGCGUCACAGUGCCUGAGGAGGGCCUGAUUCUUCACAGGGCACAGACCCUACACCGCCCUCAGGACUAAUUCCCUGGUCUCACAGCCAUGUAGAGAAGCCCUGGCCAUCUCAGUACCACUGCAUGGGGCCUCCUGGCUGAGUCCAGGCCCUCCUUCCCUCUGGUCACAUAAGAGAACAUCUUCUAGCUGCCUCUUUCAUAGCCAUUUCAGGCCUCAGCCCCAGUCUCCCCCUCACCAGGCAGUGGCUUUAGUAGCUCCUCUGCUUGUACCUAUGGGGAGGAUCUAGUCUUAGGCAGCUACUGCUAUUACACAGCUCCCA